AUGGCAUCUUCAUUUCGCCUUGCCCUCAGAUCCACCACUGCAGCAUCCACCCUAAAUGCUAAAGGCGCGGCUUUCAAUGGCCUGCGAUGCUACUCAUCAAAAGCACAGACUUUAAAAGAGCGUUUUGCUGAACAACUUCCCGAGAAAAUUGAGCAAAUUAAGAAGCUCCGAAAGGACCAUGGAUCCAAAGUUGUUGGCGAGGUUACACUUGAUCAAGUUUAUGGCGGCGCCCGAGGCAUCAAAUCGUUAGUAUGGGAAGGAUCAGUUCUUGAUUCUGAAGAAGGAAUCAGAUUUAGAGGAAAGACCAUUCCCGAGUGUCAAAAGCUUCUACCAAAAGCGCCUGGUGGUAACGAGCCUCUACCAGAAGGCUUGUUCUGGCUCCUGCUAACAGGCGAAAUACCAAGUGAACAACAAGUUCGCGAUCUAUCUGCAGAUUGGGCUGCUCGCUCUGAUAUACCAAAGUUUGUUGAAGAACUUAUUGACAGAUGUCCUAGUGAUCUUCAUCCUAUGGCACAAUUUUCAAUUGCGGUCACUGCUCUUGAGCAUGAGUCUGCCUUUGCAAAAGCAUACGCCAAAGGGAUGAAAAAGACUGAAUAUUGGGGGCAUACAUUCGAAGAUGCUAUGGACGUUAUAGCAAAGCUCCCAACUAUCGCUUCUCGGAUUUAUCAAAAUGUCUUUAAGGACGGAAAAGUUGCUCCAGUCAUGAAAGACAAAGAUUACUCAUUCAACUUCGCGAAUCAACUAGGUUUUGGAAACAAUGAUCAAUUCGUCGAGCUCCUAAGACUAUAUCUGACCAUUCACACCGACCAUGAGGGUGGAAAUGUCAGCGCACAUACCUCCCACCUUGUAGGAAGUGCUUUAAGCUCGCCAAUGUUAUCCUUGGCAGCCGGACUAAACGGAUUGGCAGGACCAUUACACGGCCUUGCCAACCAGGAAGUUUUAAUAUGGCUCACCAAAAUGAAGACUUCAAUCGGGGAUAACCUCUCCGACGAGAACAUAAAAAAUUAUCUUUGGUCAACAUUAAAAGCUGGGCAAGUUGUUCCAGGGUAUGGUCAUGCUGUUCUUCGCAAAACUGACCCACGUUACAUGGCUCAAAGAGAAUUUGCUGAAAAACAUCUGCCCUCUGACCCCAUGUACAAACUUGUAAGCCAAGUAUAUAAAAUUGCUCCUGGUGUUCUCACUGAGCACGGAAAGACUAAAAAUCCAUAUCCUAACGUUGAUGCCCACUCUGGUGUCCUUCUUCAAUACUACGGCUUAACAGAAUCUAGCUUCUACACCGUCCUAUUCGGUGUUUCUAGAGCCAUUGGUAUUAUGCCACAACUCAUUAUUGACCGCGCUGUUGGCGCCCCUAUCGAGAGGCCCAAAUCUUUUUCCACAGAAAAGUGGGCUGGAAUCGUUGGGGCUAAGCUAUAA